GCACCAGUACAGCUCAGUUGAACGCAUUGUCAAGACUCUUCGCCAGCAUGAAUGCACGAGGAGACCAAGGGAUGAAAAGUUCCUCUGGUGUAGUCGGUGGUGGACCUGCGGCUUCCCUAGUGCCGGAGGACGUCCAACAGGCUGCGCAAAAUUUGUUCCGCGCACUGCAGGAACACCCGGAGGCCCUUAUUGUAACGAAAAAUCUCCCCUCCCCAUAUAUAUUGAAAGCGCAUCCUUCUGAAAAGUUGCGAUGCAGAUUUGCGACCACAAAUCGGGUCUGUCUUGCAAGAUGGCACACUCAGGCUGUCUGCCACGUGAUGCAGGCGAUUUGUAAUGCUGUAAGGCCUACAGGGUAGGGGUAGCUGUCUACCAUGCUGGGCGCCCAUACCAAAAGGCCCGCGCCCAGGCUUAAGAUCUGCGCGCAGUCCUCUACUGCAGCACAAAUUUGAUUUGUGUAGCCAAAUCCAGCAUCAGUAGAAACUUCGCUUUGAUAUGGGGAGGGGAGGCUUUUCCUUUUGAUAGCCCUGGAAGCGUUGGACGGCGGCGGAAUUGACGCGGGAUUGUCCUUCCCGGGGGGCAGCUCGCAAAACCUAGCCAGCAGGUUCGGCAGCCUCUUCGACGACAACAUGGCUUUUGCCAGCGGAGCGCAGCCAAAUGCGGCGUUCUCGCAGGUUUUUGACGAGAUCGACGACCAGCCGGACGGAAAUAAAGGGUACAACACAACCAACGCAGCAGCUAGGAAAAUGAAACUGGGCACAAAGAGCGGCUCGUUUCCAAGAACUGCGGGCGCGACGGACGAUAGCGGGCUCGGACUGCAAGGGGAAAACACACAGGCACGACCCCUGGACCACCAGUUUGUCUCGCCCGGGUCAAAAACCUCCAGCCCCACUGCAACCGGCGGGCCCGAACAAGGCGGUGGACCAAACCAGCAGCUCACAAAGGACCAGAUCAAGAGCGCCGCGCAGGCACAGAUGCAGAAGGUUUUGUUUCUCUCCGAAUUGCCGGCGGAGGAGCGGCGGCGCAUGAUCGAGUUUCUGGCGGUGCACAAAGUGAACUUCCAGCGCGACGGGUCAAGGUUCUUCAGCGCAGACCUGUCGCUGGUCGGCACGGACACCCAGGACAGUUUGAAGACGAACAUAUGCAUCGCAAAAGUAUUGUACUCGUACUAUUGAGCGUGCUAGGCAUGUAUUACAAAUGAAAUCCUAUAUAUCUUAAGGUUAAGGUAAAUCCGCAUUACAUGCUGAUGAAAUUUGUCAUGCGCUCAUUUAUGCUAGCACGGUACAACGUUUGCGAUGCAUAGAGCAAGAAGAUCAGCAACAUGGUCUUCGAGAGCAGCCGCAACGCGACCGUGGUCUCUUCCAACGAGGACCGGGUCCGCGUGUACGCGGAGUACGACGAGACGCAGGCCUACCCGCUGCUGGAUGAAUUGGUCGCGCGGUACGCCACGUCCCCCAGCGGGUUGGCUGCCACAAAGAAGUUGAGCUUGAACGAGGCCAGCCCAGACCGCCCGCCCGUGAAGAACACGGGGAAUUUAUCCUGAUUAAGAACGUCCCCACACAAGAGUCAAGAGGGGAAAUCUGCUAGACAAAUCAACCAGCUUUGGUUGUUUGGCAUGACAAGUCUGUCCUCGUAGUGUCGUCCUGUUUGGCUAAAUCAGAAGCGUCACAGAUCUAGCAUAAGGUGCUGACUCUAGCAUAACAGAUUCCAAAACACGAACAGAGAACGCUUCCCAUAGGGGUCCGCAUGAGAAACGUUUAUGGAAUGCAGAAGUGCAUGACAACUAUGGGGUGGGGACGUUUUUACUCCGCAUAGAAUUUGUACCGCAAGGACGAGUUGGUGAUCCCGGAGGUGGUGUUCGAGCAGUACCGAUCUUUUGCGCGACUGCUGUUCCCGCCGACCAACAAGCUGAUCGACCAUAAACUCUCCUACUUGGUGGCCCUCAUCGACGACAUCUACGCCUCCCGGUACGCCCUGGAAACGCGCAAGCUGCGGAAGGACUACGUGAACAGCGGCAAGGCGCUGGCGGCGGGGGCAAACGGGACAACCGAGGAAGAUGAGGAGGCGUCUGACGAGGACGGGGAAGGUGGUGCCAACAAUUUAAGAGAACAGCAGUCCCUCGUGGACCGGAAACGCGCGGGCGCGGCCUUGGACUACGCACCGGAGAUUCCGGGCCGCACCAUGGGGCCCGGCGCGCGGAAUCCGCACUUACUGAAGAACGCGAUGAAGCUGGGCGACGGCCCCGGGUCCGCCGCGCACUUUUUCACGAAGAAGCGCGCCGCCGGCGGCUUCCGCCCCAGCGUGUCGUCCAAGAUGAGCAAGGACAAAAACACCUUCGUGUCCGAGGGCUACUACAGUGGCGCCGAGGCCCCGGGGCGGGAUGAAGUGGCCGAGCAGCGGAAGCAUUUGGACUUGGUCUUGAAAAACGCCGCGAUGCCACUGUCGGAAUCCGCCUCCGGGGUGCGCUCCGCGGACGGGCCCGAGGACCCGUAUGAACUGUUGAACAGCAAGCGCCAGGAGAACGCGCUGUUUGCCAACGGGUCGCCCGUGUCGCAAAAGUCCAUCCAGCGGCGGUACCGCGCCAAUCGCCAGAUCGAUCUGUCGGAGGAGACGAAACGGAAUCAGCACCUGACGGACCGCAACGCGCACUUGCGCGAGGUCGAUAUGAACAACGACCACAUGUUCGCCGGAACGACUACAGGUGGUGCAACAACGACCUCGCUGGAGGGUGGACCAACUUCCACUUCCAAUCAGUUUCUGCCCUUCAAUGGCAGCCGCGACAACCCGCGGUUGCGCCAGAACGACAGCUCGUUCCCUAUCAACCAAAAAAGUGUUUGUAACGUUUAACCGCUUCGAGGUAUUGCAGUCAUGCAUGACAAAUUCUCGCUAUCAUGCAUGCCAUGCAAUACAAACUUAACUUGUGCAGCAUCGUUUCUCAUGCAUUUUUACUUCAUGUUGCCAAAUUUCGUAUAACGUUCCCAUUUUUUCGUGUGAUAUUCCCGGAGUUCGUCUUGGACUACCUGCUGCGCCGCUACGGGCACGUGAGCGGGAAGUUGGUGAACCAGCGCGCCUGGGACCUGAUUCACAUGGUGGAGGAGUACCGGUCGGAAUUCGUGUACGUGAAGAUUUUCGGUUUGUUUCUGCGGGAGGUGUACGGGAAGCAGGACCUGCUGUUCUACCUCUUCGUCCGGCGGUGCAUUAUCAACUGCAAAAAUGUCUGGGUCUGGAAGGAUGCAACCUGUCAUGCUAAAUCUGAAUCAUGCAAAAAUCUGUGUUGCAUGAGUGCCGAAAGCUGCCCACUUUCGACCAAGUUAAAAGAGAGGGAGUUUCUCAUGCAGGGUAGGCAUGGUAGAAACCUCGCAGAAUCUGUCAUGCUAGGUUCCCCAUUCCAGACCUCACGGCUCAUGGAAAACCUACAUUCCAGGUCUUGGAAUCUUCCAGACCCAGACAUUUUUGCAUUUGAUAUGCAUCCAGCGGGAGCAGAAUCAGUUUGUCACCACGACGGGCGGCGGGACGUCCAGCUCGCAGAUUGUGAAAACCUCCGGGUCGGGAAUGCCGCUCAAGUGGUCUGCGGACAAGGCCAGCAGCUCUUUUCUUUCGAAUAGCGGCAAGGGCCCGAAGAUCGGCAUGGACAUCCCGUUAUGAAAUGCAAAUAUGUCUGGGUCUUGGAGAUUGCGAGAUUUGUCAUGCUAGUCUGGCAUGACUCUAAACUCUGUAUUGCGUGCCCGCGAAGAGGUCCUCCUGUCUGUCAUGCAAAAACGCGUUUUCUCAUGCGGAGUACGCAACUCAGAAGCACCGAAAAACUUGUCAUGCUGGGGAGCGCAUCACAGUGUGCUCACUAUUUCCUUCCUUGCAUCACAGGUUUCCAGACCCAGAUAUAUUUGCAUUUGAUACCCGUUCAAGGUCUCGGAAAACGACUUUUUCAGUACCGGGGGCGUCGGCCGUAUGGAAGUGUCGGAAUCGAAAUUGACAAAAUCGAAAUGAUUUGUCAUGCAUAAAAUGGAUUCCAGUUCGAACCCAGUUUCUAAGUGGCGCAUCACAAAUUCUGGCGGUGCCUAAAUCCAGUUCGUAAUGCUGUUUAGGGAAAGAAGACUGAUUCUCUCAUGCUGCUUUAGCAGCUCGAGCUAUAAUCCGAAACAGGCUUACAAUCGGCCUCACUUGCCUGCUCUGCAACACAUGUAUUUCGCGUCAUGCAUUUUAUGCAUCACAAAUUUUUCGAUUUUGACAAUUUGGAUCCUGACAGUUCCAUAGGCCGGGGGAAGAAAAUCACGGACCGCGUGCCGUCCUUGCACCAACUUUACAACGGACGCCUGAUCAGUGGCGUCAGCAGUGCGCUCUGUCGCACGCACGGGUUGCAUUUUCUCACCGUCGGACAGUGCUACGCGGCGGGGGCACAGAUCUUCGCCAAACACCCUAAAUUAAAGCGCGGAUUCCAGGUAACUACUUAAAAUGUGCGGAAAUUUUCUUCAUGCAGAAAUAAGGAAGAGCACAAUGAAAGUGGUCAUGAACAUGAUGUUGAUGACGCAUGAGAAAUGUGUUACAAGAACUUAAAAACUUGUUGUACAGCGUAGAAAGUGGUCUUUUUUACCUUUUCUCACGAAAUACUAGGUGAAACUGCACGCAGAGUUCGCGCGUUUGCAGGCCAACAUCAGCGAGGAGAUCGAGCAGAGCCUGGAGGACGAGUGCCGGCGGCUGAUCACGCAGGGCUCGGCGCGCGAGUACCAGGAGCACCUGGCCCGGAAGAAGUCGACGCACAUGCGCCGGUUUUUUUUCCCGGUGGAGUUGCUGGAAGCCUUGGCUUUGCAGCACUACUACAGCGAGAAAACGCGUUGCGAGAUGGUCAUCGCCGAGAAGAAGGCCAAGGAGGAGAGCCAGCGGCGGGCGUUAGUGAAACAAGAGGAGGCCAAGGCCGGCGUCCGCUUCGCGUUGUCCCGUCCGGACAAGGCAAGCGCGAUUAAGGAAGCGUUAAUGUACAGUAGCAGCAGUGCCCUGGAGAUGAGUACUUCUAGUAGUGGCGCCGGAGCAACAUCAAAUAUGUUGCUACCAACAACAAGCGGCACGACUAGUCCAGGCAAUAGUGGUGCGGCCGCAGCUGCAGUGGACGGUGUGUCAACAUCUGCUCCCGGUGGAGGUGCAGGUGGAGCUGGUAUGGCUGGGCUGUUGGCCGGAUUGAAGUCCGCGAAAAAGAAGCCGCUGGCGAAGAAGGCAGGGGCCAUUUCGGACUCUGAGCAGCAGUCCAGUUCGUCCACUGGUACCGGGAAAGUGAAGAAAAAGCAAGCGGUGCAGAUAGUCUCCUCCAUAUCCAAGAAAAAAAAUGUUUGAGUGUUGGUCUCGUGACAGCAUGACACACUUGUUGUGCUGCAUGACAGAGAAUACACUCUGUCAUGCACAGCUGGUACGUGGAAGCCCGUUUGAAGUAGGAUUUUCUUGCCUGGCCAGCAUGACAAGGCUGAAGAUGUUGCGUGCUUUGCAUCACAGACUUACACUUUUUACGUAGUUUUUUUCUCGCAUACUCCAGCGAGCACCAUUCCGCGGACGACGCCGACGACCGGCACUCGGCAGCCGCGCUGUAUGCAUUUCAACUGUGAUGUCUGGGAUCUCUGGAAAGUUGUCAUGAUGCUAAAGCGUACGUAAACGAUGGAAACACUUUCGAAUGCAGCCAAGCGUGACAACUUUCCAGAACGCCUUCAUCUCAUGCGCAGCCCGCAUGAGAAAGUGGAAAUGCAUUUUUGUAUGAACAACGAGGCCGCGACGCCUUUACCUUUUGUUAGUGAUGCGGUACAGAUUUCAAAGGAAUAAUGUAAGACCAGCAUUACAGGUUCGAACUUUAUUCCAGACCCAGAUGACAUAUUUGCAAUCCAUACGCUGGCCCGGCGCACGAAACUCGCGAAGGGCGUGGAGGUGGCCGAGAACCGGAAGACGCUCGCGGAGAAGGCCGUCGGUACCGCGGAGGCGAAACUGAAAGAGGACACGGAAAAGCGGGACCUCGUGCUGCGCGACAUCGGGGGACCCAAAUUGCUGAUUUCUUUCAUGAACGCGGAGAAGAAGCAGGGUCUGUCAUCUCCUGCCGGUAGUUCAUCGUCACCCGAUCAACAAUCGGACUCUUUCACCGCUUCCAGCCAGACCGCCGUGAGCGAGGCGUUCCAGGAAUUUUUGAAACUGCCUGCGGUCGGCACGUCGGCGGACGCGCUGGAGCUUCGUCGGGCGGAGUUGGUGGAUUUCCAGACGAAAGUGCUCAGUGGAAAGCAAACCUUGGCGACCGCGAAGCAGACCCUCGCGGAGGCGGCUGCCGCCGUAAAGAAGCGCAAGUUGCUCGUUGCAAACGCAGAUAAAAAGAAGGCCGCCGCGAAGGGCAACAGCAGCUCUUCGCCGUCCAGCGCGGCGGAGCAGGCAGAGAUGAAGAAAGAACAAGCGAAGUCCGCGUUUAGGAAUCCGGGAGAACAACAAAACGAAAUAGACGAGGAGUUGCAGUUUGCGCGCCAGGUGAUUCCGAACGCGGCCGCCAAUGUUAUGGCGUUCUCCAAUGUUGCAUUCUCGUCACUUGCUUUUACACAAAUUUGUGAUGCAACAAUUGGAAAAGUGAGACAGAGGGGGGAGGGGGAGCCUGCACCUGUCGCAUUACUAUUACAAACCUGGCACACCAGAUUGUCAGCCUGUUUAGCACUGCGAGGAUUUGUCAUGCGAAGUAGCUUGACCGUGUGGCAGGGGCAGCUGAUAGCAGUUUUUCAUAACAAAUCGUGUAACAGCUGGGAGUGUAAGAACGCUUGAGAGUUCCAUAAAUGUGCAGCCCGUGCUCGCGGCGUUGGAGAAGCGGCACGGCCUCGCGGAGCAGCACAAGGACGAGUUCGCCCGUCGCCUGGAGGAAUUGGACCAGGGGCUGGAGAAGAUGGUUUUGCUCUCCCUCGACGACCUGUUGCAGUGCCACGCCAAGUAUGGAUUGCGAAUAUGUCUGGGGUGGAAGAGUGGAACUUGUAAUGCUGUCUGCGGAUUCUUAAUAUGUCUGUGUUGCAUGAGCAGCAAGAGGAGUCAGUGCUUGGCACGCGGAGAGGGCAUUUCUCAUGCGUAAUUAGCAUCAAGAAGCUCUCAAAAAAUCUGUGAUGCUAGCACCAGCAUCACAGACCUCGCGGGUCAUGCAAAAUGUGCAUGACACGCCCCGACUCUUCCAGACCCAGCCAUAUUUGCAUUCGAUACCAAGAAGUCCGGCGGCCUGGAGGUGGUCCAACAGGAGCGGCGGGAGGCGGUGGGAGCGUUCCGGCGGUUGCUGCAGAAGCAAGAGAUGUACCUGCAGUGUCUGCACAUCGCCGAUUCGUCCUUGGAACGUCUCCCGGGUGCUGGGUCCUCCGCGAAGAAGAUUCUGACCACGACGGAGUUGACCCAGCAGAUGGUGGAGUACUCCACAUCAACCAGCUCCGGAAUAGUAGUUGCUGUUCCACCCAGCAAGCCAAAAGAUAAUGUUCUUGGCACUAAAAAUAAUGCUCAUGCACCAGCAGGGAAACAAGAACGAGAAGAACAAGUCGUUGACCCGCCGACUAUUGCGGAGCGGGUCGCGAAGGAAUACAUUCCGCACAUCCACACUAUGGUAGAGGAGACCGUGCAAGAGCUCCGCGACGCCGCCCGCAACGCCGGCGCCAUCACGAGCGGCGUGCGCGCGGGGGCGGUGCUGAACGACGCCCGGCUGCUGGUCGUGCGCGACGGGGAGGCGCCGGCGUCGCAGGCCACCAAUUUGAACGACGACAUGAUCCUGAAGAUUUUGCGCGACGUGUUUCAGAAGAUCCACGACCAGAUGCAGGUGCAGGCCACGCUGAUCAGCCGCGCCAACGCGAACCUCGCGCUCGUCGAGCGGGUCACGUCCGCCAUGACGGCGCUGGCCAACGGGGACGCCAACUACCGCACGCUGGCGCAGACCUGCGCGGACCUGCUCGCGCCCAUCGCCGGCAGCUCCAGCGGGGAGACGAACCAGAACCAGCAGCUAUCCUGUGUAAAAAUGUUCCCACACCAUAGUCAAGUUGUCCGAUCUGCAACACAAAUCCCCAAGUUUUGGCUGUCGAGCAUGACAAGUUUGGGUUCGUAUUGUAAUCCUGGGGUAGAUGUAGAAGCUAGUGCAGCGGCAUGACAAAAUAGCUACAACCUUAUCCUGAUUCCAGCAUGACAAACUACCAUACAGCAUUAGAAAAUGGCUGUCGUGGGCAUCUCCGCAUGAGGAACAUUUUCAGCAUGCAGAUAUGCAUUACAACAAACAUAGUUGCACUAUAAGGUGGGGAUGUUUUUACACGGCGGGAUAGCAGCCGCGCGGCCUCGGCGGGAAGAUGCUGUCGGAAGUGGUCCGGUCGGACCCGAAGAGCUCCGACGAGGUGGCGCGCAAGCACGGCAAGAUCCAGCAGUUGCUCACCGUCGUGGCCGCCUACCGCGAGCAUUUGGAGCUGCUGCGGAAGAAGCAGGACCUGCAGAUCCGGGGCAUCCGACGCCAGGUGGAGGAGCUGCACGAGAACCGGGGCACGCUGCUGUCUAGCGACCUGCAGAACUUGAUGGGCCAACGAAGCGAACGCCUGCUGCCGAACAAGCGCGUGCUCGCGCACUCGUUAUUCAAUUCCAGCUACUUCUCCGCCGACCUGCCGGUCGAAUUUCAGGUGGACGAAGACUGUAUUGCGCAGCUGAACGCGAUCCGCAAGAUUUUCGCGAACAUGGCCAGCCAGUCGCUGAGCGCCAGUCCGCUCUCGAAGCAGGACCAGCAGCUGCAGCGCAGCCGGCGGGUGGAGACCGCCGUGUCGGAGAUCACCAGCGAAAUGCUGGCCGGCCUGCAGCGGUACCCGACGAAAAAAUCCGAAAUCCUGAUCGACGCGCGCCUCGUGCCGUCAACACCAGGGCCCUCUUCCUUAUCGCCCACCUCGCGACUGUCCAACAAAACUGCGAACCCGUUGAUCACGGCCGAGGAUUUAUCCUCUGCAAAAGUAUCGCACUCGCAUUGCAAUCAUGCAUUACAUACAAAUCUUUUUCUUGAGGUAGAUCAGCAUCAGCAUUACAAAUUACAAAUUUUAUUUCUCAUGCUGAGGAAAUUUGUUUUUCAUUUUCUAAUGCAUUUAUACGAGUGCGAUACUUUUGCACUGCAUAGGAUUCGCUCUCCAACGAGUCGAGGCGGCGCGAGUCGCUGCUGUUGGGGCAGCAGGGGGCAAAACGGUUUGCGGAAUUCCAGGCAAAUUUUGAGCUGCUGGCGAUCGGCAGCAAGUUCAGCUGCGACUUCUUCCGCCUAUGCGAGUGCACAACUCGUCCCUCUCCCCCUCAUUUGUAUUGCAUACACGCCAGCAAUUAUAGAAGCUCAAGCGUCAGCAAGAGUACUGCGUGGCAAAUUUGUUGGACAGGAGUGUAGUGCUAUUUGGGCUGCCAGAACUUGUCAUGCUAACAGUGCCAAGAGGCAAUGCGUAAAAAAUUUUUAGGUAUUUUGCAUGAGAAAUGACAAGAACGAGGGAGAGGUGAUGUGCACUCUCAUACCGCCCGAAGAAGAUCGAGAACGUGUUUCGCCAGCACCCGUAUCGGAACAUCGUCCCUGGGGACCCGACCUACCGCGCAAUGUGCGACAAGCUGCGGACGCGGAUGGAGACCGCGCUGGGGCUGUACGACAUUGCGAAGUCGGAAAAGCUACGAACUGCAAAAGUAUCGUACUCGGAGAAGUGCAUUACAAAUUUCCUCAGCAUGAGAAAUAAAAUUUGUAAUGCGGAUUUACCUUAAAAAGAAGAUUUGUGAUGCGUGAUUGCAAUACGAGAUAGUACGAUACUUUUGCACGGGAUAAAAGCUGCACUCCCGGCUGAUGCAUUGGUCCACGGUGUUGCUGGACAUGCAUCUGAAGGAAAUCUCGCAGCUGAAACAGCUGCGGUUCCGCCAAAUCUCGAAAACGGACUUUUUGGUCGACGCCAAGUACUGGCUGCAGAUCUAUCUGAAAUACCACUUCCACAUAUGCAUUGCAAAUAUCCCUGGAUGUCUGGAAGGAUGCAACUUGUGAUGCUGUCUUUGGAUUCGAAAAAGCACUGUAUUGCAUCAUGGCCAGCAAUAGGAGCCCAGUUUGAUGUGCUACGCGGAGAGGGCAUUUUUCAUGCGGAAUAGGCAUCAGGACCCCCUCUAAAAAUCUGUGAUGCUAGGUCAUGCAUAUCCAGGAAUCAUGGGUCGCGCAAAACAUGCAUGACAAACCUCGCAAUCUUUCAGAACCAGACAUAUUUGCAUUUGAUACCACAUGCUGCUGCGCAAAUUCACGCUGCCGGAUCUCAUCCUGCAGCAGGAACUCAUGCGCGACCUGUGGGACCUGGUCUGGGAACUCACCGUGCACUUUAUCGCGAGGAAAAAUGCCCCCACCCCCGAACUUGGGAGCAUUUGUAUUGCAAACCUUUCGAAAUGAAACAGUCGCCCUCUUACAUCUAUCAGCAUCACAGGUUUCUAGUCGUGAAUAGCAACAAUUUGUAUUGCAAAAGACCCCGGCAAGAGCUGCGCUUGUCAUCAUGCAAGCGAUGCGAUACACGCCAGCCUAAUUAGCCUCUGCAUCAGAAAGAUUCAUACUCCUUUCAUGCAUUACAAAAAGUUUUCAGUUGGACACUUCGCAUCACAAAUUUUUUGCAACUAUGGGGGUGGGGGCAUUUUUCACUGUGAUACACUUGUCCAAAGGCCAACUGGAGGAAGCGCAGAAAAUCCUGCCGCACGUGCCGGUACACAUAGAAUGAAAACUCUCGACCAGUCUUCUGCUUUUUCAAAACUUUAUCGAUCCCUACUUUUUUACAACUUCUAACGAUCAUUCAUCAUUUCAUCGUUUAAUACCAAUGCGACCCAGGAGCCAGCAUCGAACCUUGUUUAUUGCUCAAACCAAAUAAACUCUUCAGAUGAAGUCGAAAACCUUAACGGCCGAGGACUUUCAGACGGGGCGGAUGCAGGGAAGGAGCCAGCUGAACAGUUCCGAAGUGAGCACGGAGUCUCUGGAGGAUCUGCACUUCAUGUCCAAGUUGGUGCUGAAGGAAAACCUGCAGCCGGGCCGCCUACCGAUGACCUGCGACUUUGCGGCGCACUUCUGCUCCUGCGUGGUGGACCACAUGGCCAGCCGGAUCGAAGAGCUGAUCGAGUACAAAUUUGCGCAGUACUGAACGAAUUCGGGAGGAGGUGGUGGUGGAAGAAGCUGGUAGUUUCCAUCGCGAAUUUUUAGUACCUGCGACGAACGAGGACAACUGCUGCCUGUUUGUCUUUUCCUUUUCUCAUCCAUUCAAAAUUUAACGUUUGCAUUUGCGUUUGCAAGAACUAAUCCAGAAGCAGGUUUCAGGAUUUAUUCCGAUCGUAAAGGUAUAUUUUCUUCAACAGUGAAAACCAAAACUCGCACUAUGGAUGUGUAUUAUUUUUGCAUGUUGUUUAUUUUUACAGAACCAGAAGAGGUUUCCGCAGCGGUAGCACCGGUCAUAGCCUCGAAAUCACGAAUCAUUUUUGUCACUUUCUUUUUCUUAACACACUUUUAGCACAAAAAUUUCUCUGGUUAUGGUUAUCACUAUGGUUUCAACUUUGUCGUGGUCUAUCGCAUCAUCUGCAUAAGUCGUUGAUUCGCAUCAGAAAUAGCAUCAAGAAAGAUUUGUAAUAAGUAGUGGUAGCAUUUUUGAUCAUAUGUAGUGUAGCAUUGGACCAUUGUAGGUCAGGUGAUUGGCAUAAUAUUCUGGCAUAGAUGAUGUCUUUGUAUUUGUGGUGUUGCAUGCUCCCGAAGACGAUGAGCAUCUGUACUAAUAUCGAAUAUUGUACAAUAUUUUUGCAAAUUCAAGUAUGAAAUCAAGAUGAAUUGCUCCUGGAUUUGGGUUAAAGAAGGAUGGUGACUGCUUGGAAUCGCUGUUUCGGCGUUCAAUACUCACCAGUUUAGCAGCUU